AUGACUGGAGAGCGAUUGGAUACCAGCUUUGGUAACCGGCGGGCCUUAUCACCUUCUGCAACUUUCUCUCACGGUACACCCUCGACGGCACUCUUACCGAGCCCUGUAUUCGAAACUUUAGACGAUCAGCAGAACAGCGAGGCGUACGGUGUGCCUCGCCUGGAAGAAGGCGUUUCUCCUCUCGGCGCAAAAUUUAAGCAUAUUGGAGGAGAUUCAUCGCCACGAGACCUUGAUUGGGGUGGCUUUGGCGGCAGGGAUCCUUUUAACCAAAUCACUGGACAAGACGCUGUGAAUAGCCGCAAGAGAACUCGUUUAGCAAGUGGCUUUGAAACGUCUUUGUCUGACCCGGCCGCACUCAAACCACUGUCCGACCCUUCGAAUCGUCUCCCAUUGUCACAUCCUAACGGGGAAGACUCGGUACCUCGACCCGAAGAGCCACCGCCUAAAAGAGCGAGAAAGGUCCGGCGGCGAGACGCCGGACCCGCUGACCAAGGGCAAACAAUAACACCGCCAUCUUCGACCCACAAAAGGACAUCUCGGCGAAAGCCCGUCCCCAACAUCAAUACCGAACACGAGACCAUGCAGGAUGCUCAAGGAUUCCAUGAUUUUUCUGGGACAGGCGCCCCGGAUCCAAACGAUAUGCCUGUGUUCGUGACCUCGCCCGGUGACAUGUUUGCCUAUCCCUUGUCAGCACCGGCGUCGGCGUCUCUCUUUCCUGACCCAAACAUGUGGAAUAACAACGGCGGCUUUUCAGGCCUGGGCCUGGAUAUCGACUUUGGCGCCGCUGGCUCGGGUAUGCUGCAGGGUCAUCACACCUUGAGCCCAACGCAGCAUAUUUCCAUGGACCCAUCAGGUUGGGACGCGACGGCCCAGAUGUUCCAGGAUGCCAGCACACAGGCUCAAGAUGGACAGCUUGGACAAACCCAGGCAGAUGUGCAACAUACACAACCACAGCCCCAACCUCAGCAGCAACGGAGCACUUCGCGUUCGCAGAACAAGCAGCGACGCCCCACGAAACGUGAACGUCCACUUGCACCCAAGACAACCACAUCAAGCGGCGACAUAUCGUUCACUGCAGUAUCCGCUUCGCUCGAUCAGGUCUCUUUGGGCUUGGACAGCACAGAACUUUACCAAGGAUCCUUUGAUGACCCAUUUAGUGUAUCCCACACGAGUGACGGCGUGAAUCCUGGUUUGCUUCUCAGUAGACCCUCAUCAGUCAACAUGGACGGUCCGUCCCACAGGGUGCAGCCACAGACACACGUCUCUCUGAGCUCGGCUUCAUCGGGUGUGGUCCGGUCCUCCUCUCAGAUCCAAGAUUUUGGCAUAUCCAAAGCGUCUAUGCGCGAGCUGGCGCCCUCUAGGCCGGUAAGCAGCAGAGCAAACACAGUAAAUCCACCCGCAAAAACCAGUGUGGCUCGCCCUGCCGUGUCUAGGAGCUUCAGCGAACACAGAAGCCAGAAACGGACAGGUAGAGCUUCGGGAACCAACAAAAUGCCCGUUCUUGCACCAGCCACGCAAAGGCCCUUGCAACCUCCUCCCCACCUUCAACCGCAGCAGCCGCCGCAGCGGCCUCUCAGUCGACCUUCGUCAACCGGUAGCAUGCGAUCUUCAGGCCGGUCUUCACCAUUCAAAGACCACCACCACUCCCGUUUGUCGAGUUUGAACUCCAUCCCUGAGGCAUCCCCCCAGCCGCAGCUCGCGUUCAGGCCGACCCUCGCCAGGAUCACCGUAAACGCGGACGGACAUGCUAGCGUGGAGGAGGUAUUUCCAAGCAGACGGACGCGCUCGGCACGCUCGGGGCGCUCGGCUGAGGAGGAGUAUGACGACUAUGCGUCUUCGACCGAUGAUGAGGAGAUAGUGAUCCCGGCCAAAUGUAGAAGGCCUCGAUCAUAUGCCCUCCCGGACUCUUUGGAAGUUUCCGGUUCUAGGCCAAGGUGGCAGGAGACUGGUGGGCGGCUACUACCUCACGAAAUAUCUCUCCAGCAUGACGAAGAAAGCGAUGCCGAGACAGUGAUAAAUGACGGCGCUGGUGGUGCCGAGAGUGAACUCAGGAGACUGAGGCAGCGACAAACAGCGAAUCACGGCAGCCCAAAGAAGCUGAAAAUCUCGGCCACUCGCAGUUUCAGCGGACAUCAUUCACACCCUGCCUUGCUAUCCCCAGCGACAAUGACAGAGAUGAGCCUGCCGACGCCAUCGUCGCGAAACCGUGUUCGAUGCGUUUGCGCCGGUAGCCCUGGGGGCGAGCAAACAGUCGACGGGCUUAUGGUGCAAUGUCAAUCGUGCGAGAUGUGGCUUCACGGAAAGUGCAUCAACGUGAGCAAGCGCAACAUGCCGUCCGUGUACAUCUGCUCAUUCUGUGCCGAGACUCCGAGGAAUCGAAGGAAUGUGGCUCUGGGAGCAUCUUCACCUCUGGCGCACAAGUCCUUUGCCAAGUUUCGGUGA